AUGCCAGCCUUUACCCUAUAUGGCUUUCUCGGUUCGACCAACACCAAUCGUGUCCGCCUGACCCUUGCUGAAGGUGGCUUCACGGAUUAUGAGUUUGUGCUUGUCGACCUGCAGAAAGGGGAACAGAAGUCGGAAGAACACACGAAGCGUCACCCAUGGGGUAAAGUUCCCGCUGUCACAUUUCCCGAUGGGUUCGCUCUCUACGAGAGCCGCGCUAUCUGCAAGUAUCUGGCGAGGAAGUAUUCCUUCCCACUUCUACCCCAGAGCUCCGAUAUUGAAGCCGCAGCACUAUUCGACCAAGCGGAAUCCUCAGAAAUACUCUACUUCGCCGAUCCCGCGGGUAAAAUCGCAUUCGAGAAGUUUGUAAAGAGGAAGUUCACGGGAUUACCUCCUAACGAAACCGUUGUGUCAGACGCACUGCGGUCGCUUGAAGCGUUCUUCGACGUGGCAGAAUGUCUCCUAAAAGACAAAGACUACAUGGCCGGAAACGAAUUUACGCUCGCGGAUAUCAACUACAUUCCAUUGAUUCAGAGGCUGUUCGCGUGCGGGUGUGGGGACGUCAUCCUCAGUCGCAAGGCUGUGAGUGCUUGGUGGAAUCGCUGCAUAACAAGGCCAGCCAUACAGAAGCUGCUAGCCGCUGACAAGGAAGCUAUGGCUGCGGCUACCGCUCAUAAAUAG